AUGCCUUCAUCUGUGAACAUGCUCCAAUUAACACAGCCAAAACCAGCAGGACCAUUAAGACCGCUGCCCACUGGAGGAGCCACGGAAGGAACCAAGAGGCUGCUGGAUUCACACACACUCACAAGUCGCACAGGCAGCGCUGCUCUGCUCUGCUCCGGCUCCUCAUACCGCUGUCGGACUCUAAGAAACCGCUCGGAAAUUAUCCGUUUCCUUUUACGAGGUCGCUGGAUGAUUUAUCUCAAAGUGAAAGCAGAAGAUAUGGAGUCAGCGGAGAGGCUGGUGACCCCGACCUCCGCUCAGACCUCUAUAAGAGCUGCAGCACACCCGGAAACCUCACUGACAACAACACACAGCAAGAUCGGUCAUUUGUUCCAAAUGGUUGGAAAUCAGGGUUUGGGAAUUGCUUCAGUUUCCGGUGCCUUUCCCAUGAUCCAUCACCCAGUCUUCAGUCUGCACUCCUCUUCUCCUGUCCGCUCUGAGUUCGGAGGUCUGGGAACUCUGGGAAUGUCGGCCGCUCUGGCUGCCCGCUCUCAGCUCGGAGCUGUACCAGAUUGGUGGCGUUCUGCAGACGCUCAGGGUCGAGGGUCAGUGGCCUUUUUUCCUCAUCUUCUGGGUCUGCCGGCAUUAUUCAGCGCACCGUUCCUGAACCAGGAGCAAACCAUGCUUCAGUCUCAUGCUGCCAGACGCACUCCUGUGAAAGGGCUGAAUGGCUCAGUCAAUGGAAUGGCGACGAAAUCAAGCUCGGCCUCCUCCACACCCUCUCCAGUCCUCAUCCCUCCAGAUCAAACCAAGAGCCUGAAAACCAGCCCAAAACCAGCACUAAACCAGCUAGAGGAGAAAACUAGAUACAAAACAAAAGACGAGAAGCUGUGCAGCAAAGUGCCAGAUGUCUCCAUCAACAGCGACAGCCAAUCAGCAUCCAGCUCUGACAGCUCGAGUGAUGCUCUUAGCAGCUCUGACUCAGACGACCUGGAAGAUGAUGACGACGACGAUGAUGAUGAUGAUGAUCAGAGUGAUGAUAGUGUCGACUCGGAAAAGUGCGGAAAAGAUCCGAAAGGUAUCCGAAAGGAGGAAAUGCACAUAGACAGGAAGAAGACCCGGAACACUGUAGGGCAGGAUAAGCUGGACGUCCGGGGUUUGCUUUUGUCUCAGCCGCCAUUGCACAUCCAGGCCUUGAGCUCCACAGAGGAGCCCGGCAAACACACCAGUGUCAUCCAGACCACAGGUCUAGCAGCCAGCGCAAAACCGCUUGCACUAGUCACGCAGCGGCGCAGGGACAGAGAUGCACCGUCCCCUAAAGACCUUCCCCUGCCCUCUCCAAAACCACCUCUGUCUCUGUCUUCCUCUCCCACACUGCCCUCCUCCAGAUCUGCUCCUCUGAAGACGUGCAAGAAUUACCUCGACAACGUCAGCAAACUCAGACAGUCAUCACUACCUCAGGCCUUUCCUCCACCGCUGAGAGGUGCACAGGAAUCACAGAGCAGCCAGAAACAUCCAUUUAACAAUCCGUUCCUCCCCUCACUUCCUACUGAGAACCACCAUCCCGGCGCGGUGCAGGACGCUCCUCUGGCCCUCAUCACCAAACCUCGCUCCCAGAGCACACGCGCCCCUGAUAAACCACUGCUGGCCGCCACCAGCCCCGCAUUUAACACUCCCAUCAACCUCACCAGCACGGGUCGCACCUCCACCUCGCCUGGUCUGACUCCCAGAGCAGCCCGAGGGAAGCGCUGUCAAACAGGGCGGAGGAUGCUGAAGAGAGAGAGACCGUCAUUGGUGGAGCACUUCAGGGGGGCGGAGUCUGAGCUCCCCGACAGCAAAGACUCUGAUGACUUGUUAAUGGAGGACGAGGAUGAAAAUGAUGCUUCAAAUGACAGUCUCUCAGACUCUGACAGCAAUUUAGACACUGAUUCUGAUGAUGAUGAUGAUGAUGGUAAAGAUGAAGAGAUGGACACAGAUUUAGAAAUGGACAGAAUGCCACUCAAACUCACCAAAUCCUCAACAUCUGUGCUAGACUCCUCCCACAGCACUAGCCCCGCCCCUCUCAAUCUACAGGUUCCUAAAACACCUGCCACAAUCACACCAGCCACUGUGACCAGCUCUGGGAAUUCAGCCAAUCACAGCCCAGCUUUGUCGUCUUACAUUGUGGCCACACCACCAGGGAAAAGGAGAAGAGUCACAGAUGAAUGUGCACUGCGGAAACCUCUACAAUAUGGAUGGCAGAGAGAGACGCGCAUCACAAACAUGUCUGGGCGUUUGCGGGGAGAGGUGGUGUAUUACGCUUCAUGCGGCAGAAAGCUCAGACAGUAUCCUGAUGUCAUCAAGUAUCUGACCAGUAACGGGAUAAGCAACAUUACACAAUGGAAUAGAAAAAAUAAUGAAUGGCUGGACAGACAGGUUUUUUAA